AUGUCUUCAUCUGACAUCCCCUCCUCUUGCCGCGCCGUCGUGAUUGAGAAGAAGGGCGCGCCUUGGACGAUCAAAGAUGUCCCCGUCUCUGCGCCAAAGUCGGGCGAGGUCCUGAUCAAGGUACUCGCGUGUGGUAUCUGCCAUUCGGACAGCUUCAUGCAACAGGGCCAUCUGGGAGACGUCUACCCUCGUGUCCCGGGACAUGAAGUUAUUGGGAAGGUAAUCGCAGUUGGCGAUGGCGAAAAGAAGUGGAAGGUUGGAGACCGUGUUGGUGGAGGAUGGCAUGGUUCUCAUGAUGGAAGCUGCAAGUCCUGUAAUAAGGGAAUGUUCCAGAUGUGCGAGAAUGAGCUUGUUAAUGGAGUUAGUAGGGAUGGUGGAUAUGCCGAGUACUGUACCCUCCGCAGCGAGGCUGCAGUGCGUAUUCCCGCCGAUGCCAACCCCGCCGAGUACGCUCCUCUACUCUGCGCCGGCGUUACCGUAUUCAAUGGCAUCCGCAAGAUGAACAUCCAGCAGGGGGACACUGUCGCCGUGCAAGGACUUGGUGGCCUAGGUCAUCUGGCACUCCAGUACGCUCGCAAGAUGGGCUACCGCACGGUCGCUGUAUCGUCUUCGGACAGCAAAAAGGACUUUGCUCACCAGCUCGGCGCAAACGACUACAUCGACACAUCGAAAGAAAAUGCCGCCGAGGCACUACAGAAGAUGGGUGGCGCAAGCCUCAUUGUCGUCACGGCACCAAACCCGCAGAUCAUAGGGCCGCUGGUUGAUGGACUUGGUCCUCUGGGUAAACUGCUUGUCCUUGCACCCGUGGGAGAUAUUCCAGUCAACACCGUGAGCCUGAUCAUGAAGGGCAAAUCGGUCCAUGGAUGGCCAUCCGGACAUGCGCUGGACAGCGAGGAAGCGAUUGACUUUGCGGAGAAACAGGGCGUGAAGUGCAUGGUCGAGAAGUUCCCAUUCGACAAGGUCGAAGAUGCUGUCAAGCACAUGGAAAGCGGAAAGGUGAGGUUCAGGAGUGUCAUCGUUAUGGAGUAG